GCCAUAUCCGUAGGCACCACACGAAACCAGAGCACAUAUUCCCUGGACAACAACGAUAACGACAAUGACUGGGAAAUGGUACACCAUCAGUGAAAUACUCGAGGAGAUCUACCACGUCUAUAUGGCUCAUUCCGCAUACGGUGUGUUGGAGGACACAUACUACGCGGUGCAGCCCAAGCACCACCAAAGCUACGUGCUGAUAUGCAUCGCGGCCUUCCUUUUUAACAUCAUUUUCUUGGGGCGGCACAUACUGAGCCAGCUGCUGCCCCUAAAGCUCAUCUACCUGCUGGACAUGCUGCUGCACGUGUGCUAUCUCGCCUCGGACGCAAUCCUCGUGGUGGCCCUGCUGCGCUGCUCACCCGAGUCGCUCGCAUUAGCGAAGCACGAGUCGCUGUGGGGAGGCAGGUGUCACGCGGGCUCGAUGAUCUUGGGCCUCGUGAGCAUCGUCUACCAACUGGCCAAACUCACCACCUACUACCACAGGCUGGCGGUGACGACAAGCGAGCAGCCCCCUCUCUACAUCUCGGCCUGCCUCUUCUGGCUUCGUGAGGUGUUGCGCGCCGCGUUCGAGCGGGCCGCCAUACCACCCAGCAGGGCGCCGCUGGGAGAGGUGUUCGAGUUGGAGCGUACGAUGCGUGUCGAUCAGGUAUGCAGUGCUUCGUUCGAGCUCAGGUACCGUCCAGCAGAAAUCGGCGCUACUAAGCGGAUUACGGCACAAGCCAGCGCUUCAGCGACGCUGCGUGAGGACUACAGCGAUGAUUGAGGCAAAAGUACGCGGCCGCUGCUGGAUAUCGUGUCGAGAGGCGUCACUCUCUACCGAACGCUCCUAUCGCAGCGCUCUCAGCCGAGCGGGGUGCUUUAAAGAGUUCCCCGCUUCUGCCUUCCUUUUAUUUGCCUAUACGUUAUCUAAUAAGAACCAUGCUUCUCUGCUAA